AUGGAAGACCUUGAAGCAGAAAUACCUGAUUUGGUGGAAGUCAUUCCAGAAACGAGUAACGCCAAUUCUGAUCAUGAAAAUAAAGACAACAAAACGCUUGAAUCAAAAGUUCCAGUAACUAUAGUUACGGGUUUUCUUGGAUCCGGUAAAACUACCUUACUCAAUUACAUUUUGACAGAGCAACAUGGCAAGAGGAUGGCGGUAAUAUUGAACGAAUUUGGAGAAAGCAGCGGAAUAGAAAAAUCCUUGACAAUAAAUCAGGGAGGCGAUUUAUAUGAAGAAUGGUUGGAAUUAAAAAACGGUUGUUUAUGUUGUUCCAUCAAAGGAAAAUUCGAUUAUAUUUUAUUGGAGACAACUGGAUUAGCAGAUCCAGGACCAAUAGCUUCAAUGUUUUGGUUAGACGAUGAUUUAGGAAGUGAUUUAUACUUGGAUGGCAUAAUAACAUUAGUGGAUGCUAAAUAUAUUCAACAAUAUUUAUCAGAAAAAAAGGUGGACGGAUCAAUCAACGAAGCAUUAAGACAAGUGGCGAUAGCAGAUAAAAUAAUAAUUAAUAAAACAGAUUUAGUCACACCGUCAACAUUAGACAUCAUACAAGAACAAAUAAGAUUGAUCAACUCGGCUGCUAAUAUAUUAAGAACAGAAAAGUCAAAAGUUCCAUUGGAUUUCAUUUUAGACAUUCAUGCUUUUGAUUUUAAACAAGUUACGGCGUUAAAUUCAGAAUCAAAAAUUUUGAAUACUGUAAAAAAAUCUCAUAAGAUAGAAGAUGUAAAAACCAUAUGCCUGUCGGAAUUUCCUGUCACAAUUAUUGAUAUAUCGAAAAUUGAACGUUGGAUACAAUAUUUAUUAUGGGAAAAGACUAUUCCAAUGAUAACUACUUCUGACAAUAUCGUUAUACUUAGACUUAAAGGUAUUCUAACUCCUAGUGAAAGCUCAGGUAUACGUAUUGUAAUUCAGGGAGUCCAAGAACUUUAUGAUUUACAACAAACUCAUCCUUCGUUUAACAAUAAUGAAAUAGUUAAAGAUAAAUUAGUUCUUAUUGGGAAAAAUUUAGAUCAUCAAAAACUAGAACUUUCUUUAUGGAAUUGGAUGAAUUGGUCUUGA